AAAACACACAAGUAACAACCUAAUACAGACGACCAACACGGUAUAUAACGUAGUAAACAAGAUUCGUGGACAUUAAAAGUAGGUUUUGACUAACUUUUUUAUUUCUAUUGGUAGUCAGGGAGUAGGGAUUUCAAGUAAUCACUUUUUUUUACAGGAAAUUCCUGCAGAAGUUUGGAAACAUGCCUGAUGCAAAGUCUGACAUGGAGCGAGUUGGGCUCUUCAAGGAAAUGGGUUACGUCUCUAUUGGGGACAAAUACAAACCCUUAAUUUAUCGUCCAUUUAAUGAAGCUGCAUAUAAAAAUAAACAGAUGUUGGUCAGUGGGCCAAAGAAGAAAUCAGCACUCCAGGCUGGCUACUUUGACACUCAGUUCAAGCGGAUCUUUGAGAAUGAGGCACUGACGGACCUUAUCAAAAUCCGGAGGCAGCACCAGAUUCAGCAGGCAAAGAAGAACUUAGCGAAGGCGUUUUUACCCAGCAGCGGAGAAAAGAAAUUCUCAGGUGUUGGCAGCUACUAUGGAACACUUGGAGGUCCUGUAAAGGCUAUGAGUUCCCUGGAGAUUCCCAAGAAGGCAUACAAAUCUCCAGGCAAGAACAUAUACACCAGUCCAGCUAAGAAAGGAAGUGGAUAUGGCUUUCCUGAUGUUACACUGUCCAAAUUGGAAUUGUAUUCUUCUGACCCCUAUGACCGAGUGAGAGAGCUGCUAAAGCGUGAAAUGGCAACUCACAAAUCUAAGAUGAAAGGGGGGCCAUUUCGUUUGAACCUUCAUCCACAGGAAUGUUUCGAUAGCAAUCCUUACAAGCUUAAUAAACCUCAUCCACUUUCAAACAUGCCAGGGGAAAAAAAGACACACUUUGCUGUGCCAUUCAAACCAUCGUCUCCCAGCAAAAGCACUGGAGGAAUGAAAGCGGGAACAUUCGAUCCCUACCCGUCCCAUUCCACAGACCCCUACAUCAUUAAGAAGUCGAAGUUAGAUCCUGUGAGCGCAAAUAAGGGAUUGAAAAUCUUUCACCCAUCGCCUGGCCCAAAGAGCACUCCAGUGAAGAGCAUUCUCUCUCUCAAUGUGAACAGGUUUGUGAACUCCACCAACUACAAUCAAGUCCCCUCUAUAAUGGCAUAUUAAGUGGCAAUGUCUGGUCCAAGCCAUUUGAUGACGAUACUGGAAUCUGUAUAUAAAUUCUUCAGUCUUCUGGCAAUGUACUAAUGCAAGUAUAAUUUAAUUAAUGUCAGACAAGAAUGUUAUUGUGGCUGCAGGUGUACCAUAAACCAUACCUGUCAUACCUUUCUUUCAAACCUCAUUUGUCUUCUCAUCAUGAUUAGAUUCUGAAGUAUGUCGUCAGUUUAAAAAAGAGGGCAACAAAGCAGGGCAAGGGGACAGAGCUCACUGCAGUUAGAUUGUAUACCAUAACAUGUUCAUGUGCAAAACAUGUACAAGGAAGCUGAGUGUAAUAUUGCCCUGCCUUGUCUAUGUUUAUCAUUUGACUAAAUGCUCAUCAAUGCUUUCAUCAAUCAUAUAAUAAAAACGACUACUACAAUUAACUACCUUAAAUGUUUUGGUGAAUUUAAUUAACAUAUUAAACCUGAAAUUCCCAUUUGGACAGAGCUAUGUAGUGCAGCAAGUCUAGUAGCUAAAUAACUUAUUUAAGGGCUUG